AGGCGCCAUAGGCGGAAGCACUCGCUUGUUCGUGAUCAUAACUCACUCGUAUCAAUCGCUAAUUAAACUGCAACGUGCUGUGAAAUGUCUCUUUUGCAUUUUAACUCCUGCAUUUGGGAACAUUCCCAAUUUGGAAUUUGGUUGUGGUUUCCAAAGUAGAGGGGAGUCAAGGGUCAGAGGUGGAAGCCGAGUGCGGGAAAGUUUGGAGAGAGUCUGCAAACUCCUGCACCUUUCGCCCGGACUCAGCCCGCACCCCUUGCUCGCCUGCUUAACCUUGCCCUUAUACAGCCCACACACCUCCCUGCCUGUCUGUCUGUCUGUCUGUAGUCUGCACCAAAGAUUAUAUCCUCCAGUAUCUUUGGUCUGCACUCUGCACUUCUGCAGCCCACAAACCCCCUGCACCCCAGCCCGGCUGCAGCUUCCCAGCCGUAUGGAGCUGAGCGAGUGGCUCCGCGACCCGGGCAGUAGCUGCCGUCUGAGCUCGGCCGUGGCCGCUGCCUGCCGCGGGGAACCCUGCACACUCGGGGUGGAUGAGGCGGGGAGAGGUCCCGUGCUGGGGCCAAUGGUUUAUGGAAUCUGCUUUUGCCCAAUCUCCAAGCAGCAACAGCUUCAAGAUCUCAAGGUUGCAGACUCCAAAACAUUAACAGAGAAAGAGAGAGAGCGACUGUUUGCCAAACUAGAUGAAGCAAAGGAUUUUAUUGGCUGGGCUCUGGAGAUCAUCUCACCCAAUGUCAUUUCGACAAGUAUGCAACAAAGAUCCAAGUGUAACCUGAACACUUUGUCUCACGAUUCUGCCAUCGGACUCGUCCAGUACGCGUUAGACAGUGGUGUCCAAGUGAGCGAGGUAUAUGUAGACACAGUUGGACCUGCUGAAAAAUACGAGGCAAAGCUGAAGCAGCGUUUUCCAGAGCUUGAGAUUACAGUCAGACCCAAGGCUGAUUCCCUAUUCCCAAUUGUCAGUGCAGCCAGUAUUUGUGCUAAGGUCGCAAGAGACCAUGUCGUUCAGUCAUGGAAGUUUAUUGAAGAUCUGGGAGACAUAAACUUGGAUUAUGGUUCAGGAUAUCCCAACGACCCUAAAACAAAGGCAUGGAUGGAGAGCCAUGUGGACCCUAUUUUCGGUUAUCCACAGUUCGUACGUUUCAGUUGGAGCACAGCCCAGACUAUAUUGGAUAACCGAGCAGUACCUGUUCACUGGGAUGAUGAUGAUGAUGAGGAGGAUGCCAGCAAGAAGGAUACACCCUCGGUUCUGUCUUACUUCCAGCGCAAGUCCGAAGACCCAAAAGUUCAGCCUCAUCGCUUCUUCACGGAGAGGAAGCUGGUCUCUCUUGCCAAUCUAUGAACGCGGCAACCAUUUUGUUUCUCUGUAGCAGGGGCAGAUGCAAAACACAUUCUAAAAUCGCUCUGCAGGGGAACAAAGUAACUGCCGGGGAGUUGAGCCUUUCCAAAACGUAGUGCAUUGGUUCAACAGCGAGCAGUGAUAGAAUAUAGACGGAUAGAAGGCUAUAUUAACCUCAGCCUGAUGCUUCAUGCAAAUAUUGAUCUAUCCGAUCUAUAGAUAUCUGAAGGUUGACGUAAAUACUUUGUGAUGUUCAUCUAAAUCAAACUGAGCAACUGUGUGCUAUCCACCCCAUGGUGCAGAGUUCUCCAAUUUCAAGUAACCCUUGCAUUCUCUCUCUCUCCCAUCCCCUCCCCCAUCUUGGUCAUCAAACUAGUUUCACUGCGGUCCUGCUUAGGCUUACUGUUGGCAUCCACUCGUUAUCACCUUCUCCACAGCCAACAAUGGACCAUUGUGGGCUCCACCUUUCUUUAAUCAUCGUCGCUGGCUUUGACGUGUCCUUUUGCAUAUCUUUCAUUCAUUUGUUCUUUCUACCUGUUCAUAUCUCUCGUUUCCCCUCUCCCUUGACUCUCGGUCUGAAUAUGGAUCUCGACCCGAAAACGUCACCUCUUCCUUUACUCCAGAUAUUCUGCCUGACCCGCUGAGUUACUCCAGCAUUUUGUGCCUAUCUUCGGCAUAUUGCAGUAUCAUCACAAGUUCACAAGGUUUAGGAGUAAAAUUCGGCCAUCAAGUCUACUCCGCCAUUCAAUCAUGGCUGAUCUCUGCAUCCUAAUCCCAUUUUCCUGCCUUCUCCCCAUAACAUUGACACCCAUUAUAAUCAAGAAUUUGUCCAUCUCUGCCUUAAAAAUACCCACUGACUUGACCUCCACAGCCCUCAGCAAUGAGUUCCACAGAUUAACUACCCUCUGACUAAAGAGGUUACACCUCACCUCCUUUCUAAAAGAGCGCCCUUUAAUUCUGAGGCUGUGAACUCUGGUCCUAGACUCUCCCACCAGUGGAAACAUCCUUUCCACAUCCAUUCUAUCCAUGCCUUUCAUUAUUGCAUCUAGUUGAAUACUUUUGCUGUAUCACAGGCCUCCUCAAUUAAGAUACAGCCUCUCUCCUAAUUACCUUGUUGUGAUUCUCUCAAGAUAGCUGACUGAAGACUUGCUCCUCAGCUUUGACCAGUAAGUCGGUGAGUGGGAGGCAGGUGUUGUUCUUGUCAAGCUUCAUCACUCCCAGGUGGGAGAUGUCAGUCUGCCUUCAUUUAAUAAGGAGCCUUUUUAAGGAAUAGUGAACUUGUCUCUGAACUCGAUGUUGCAGUGCUCUGGAACGCUAGAUUGGAGCGGCCCUUAUUGAUAUGCAGAGCCGACUUGCCGAAGAUGAGAUCAUUUGCAACUGACUCUGUGCGAGAAUUUCGAAAUGAGACCAAUAAAAUAUUGCUGAACUCCCGAUAUCUUGAAUAUUGUUACAUGGAGUACGCACAGUGAAUUAGACUCGAAGGUAGACACAAAAUGCUGGAGUAACUCAGCGGGACAGGCAGUACCUCUGGAGAGAAGGAAUGGGUGAUGUUUGUGGGUUGAGACCCUUCUUCACACGCUGCCUGUCCCGCUGAGUUACUCCAGCAUUUUGCUUCUACCUUCGAUUUAAACCAGCAUCUGCAGUUCUUUCAGACACAAUUAGACUCCAUAGGAUUUCAGUUAAUUAACAGCUGUCCUGUCAUAGCGCUGACAGGUUUAUCACGGGAAGGGGAGCAUUUACAAGUGACAAUUUAUAGUUCCACCUAAAGUGCAUGACAAGCGAAGUGUGAGUCUUGAACGUUGCUAUAGCAAUCCCUUGUCACUUAAUAAAUUGCUCGGUGUACACCCAAAUAAUAUUUCAUCUCACUCAGCUAUUCCCUUGCUUCGCUAUCACUGCUCCUGUUCCAUCUUUCGUAUGUGUUUAAUAUCCGUAUAUAUGUGAAUAAAUAGCUUUUGCUAUCA